GUGUGGGAUACUGACUUUGCUGCAGGGUUUAAUGUUUUGAGCUACGUAGGGAUGGGGAGCAGAAGUUAGCGUCCCACAGAUCACUAAAACAAAAUCCGGCUCGGGCACAGAGUCCGCUGCGAGCUACGCCGGGUUUUCUGUCGGAGGACGCGGGCGCGCUCGUUGCGCCUUUAAGUUUUUCUAAGCCGGGCGCCCGGAGCUGAGAGUGCGCAGGUGCGGGGACCUGGGACUCGAGGGCCAGGAUCCGGGAGCUGGACCCGGGCAGCUCAGGUCCGUGAGGUGAGGUGAGAAUCUCAUUUUCGGUUUCUGCCAAAACCAGUAGCAGUUGAGAAACAGUGUGCUCCUUGAAGACCCCUGCAGGUGUCACCCAGCCGUAAGCAGCAGCAUGGAUCUGGAUGUGGUUAACAUGUUUGUGAUUGCCGGCAGCACCCUGGCCAUUCCAAUCCUGGCAUUCGUCGCCUCUUUUCUCCUGUGGCCAUCGGCGCUAAUAAGAAUCUACUACUGGUACUGGCGGAGGACACUGGGCAUGCAAGUCCGCUAUGUGCAGCACGAGGACUAUCAGUUCUGUUACUCCUUCCGGGGCAGGCCAGGGCACAAGCCGUCCAUCCUCAUGCUCCAUGGAUUCUCAGCACACAAGGAUAUGUGGCUCAGCGUGGUCAAGUUCCUUCCAAAGAACCUGCACUUAGUCUGUGUGGACAUGCCAGGCCAUGAAGGCACCACUCGAUCUUCCCUGGAUGACCUGUCCAUAGAUGGGCAAGUCAAAAGGAUCCAUCAGUUUGUAGAAUGCCUUAAGCUGAACAAAAAGCCCUUCCACCUUAUAGGCACCUCCAUGGGAGGCCAUGUGGCUGGCGUCUAUGCUGCUUAUUACCCAUCAGAUGUCUGCAGCCUGUGUCUGGUGUGCCCUGCUGGCCUGCAGUAUUCAACUGAUAACCAGUUUGUACAACGGCUCAAAGAGCUGCAGGAGUCCGCCGCCAUACAGAAAAUUCCCUUGAUCCCAUCUACCCCAGAAGAGAUGAGUGAAAUGCUCCAGCUCUGUUCCUAUGUCCGUUUCAAGGUGCCCCAACAGAUCCUGCAAGGCCUUGUCGACGUCCGCAUCCCUCAUAACAACUUCUAUCGGAAACUAUUUUUGGAAAUUGUCAGCGAGAAGUCCAGAUACUCUCUACAUCAGAACAUGGACAAGAUCAAGGUCCCGACACAGAUCAUUUGGGGGAAACAAGACCAGGUGCUUGAUGUGUCUGGGGCAGAUAUAUUGGCCAAGUCAAUUGCUACCUGUCAGGUAGAGCUUCUGGAAAACUGUGGGCACUCGGUGGUGAUGGAGAGACCACGAAAGACAGCCAAGCUCAUCCUUGACUUUUUAGCAUCUGUGCACAACACAGACAACAGUAAGAAGCUGAACUGAGGCUGCUGCCGCUGCCUGCAUUCUGCACACGGCAUCCAUUCCCAUCCCCGAAACCUGACGCAGCCACCACUCUCAGGAAUCCUGCCCCAUUGCGGUUGGAGCGCCACUGUCCCUGAGGAAGCCAGUCUCUUAUUCCCAGUAUUCCCAGUUCCACAGAGCUUCAGGGACCACAAAGAAAUCUCCAAGAUCUUUUCUUUUCCCCACAAAAUAGAAACCUAAAUGGAACAAAAUAAGAAAACUCAGCCGUGAAACUACCAAGAAGUCUUCAAGUUCAUGUUGACAAAAUUGUGCUAAGCGGCCACCAUGGACUAUAAUUGUCAAGGAUGUUUUCUUUAAGGUAUUCCUCACAUGUUAGACUUGAGCUGUUUUUGUGUUGCUUCCGAUGUAUCCCCUGCAUGGUCAGUGGCUUCGGUAGGAGCUUUAGUCGUUUCCUGAACUCUCUUUAGGUCUAAUUCAAAUUUUGCAGAGAUGACCCAUGUUUGAAUGCAGCCCAUCAGCUGAAAGACCAAGGAGGAAAAUGGGAAGUUGUUGAAGAGAUUUCUACCACUGGGCCUGGUGGAUAGGCCUAUAUAUAAUCCCAGCCACUUGGGAGACUGAGGCAGGAGAUCAUGAGUUCAAGGCCUGCCUAAGCUACAGAGUGAAAUCAAGGCCAGCCUGGGCAACUUAGUGAGACAGUGUCUCAAAUAAGAAAAGAGAAAAUGUUUGUACGUAUUUUUAGAUAUAGAAACCUAUGUGGAGAGGCGCUGCUCUGCCACAGCCAGCCCUCAGAACUGCCCACAUGGCAGAACACUCAGUUUGGUGGCGUUUUCUGCACCUACAAAUCAGGUCUGUCGUGAGUGAAUCCAGAAAAGUUGCAGACUGAAGGACACCUGGCAUGGUGGGUUUCCUAGGAAUAAUUUAUAAUUAAAAAAAUAGGACUAAUAAAGCAAUAAUGUUUUAGACAUCUAUCUAAUCAGACUCAAGUUCCACACCCAAGCAGCCUGUGGGCAUCUUUUCUAUUUUGCUGUGCUACUGAAAACCCUUGGAUGUAAAAUACUAUUUUGUUAAUGAAUUCUGUGAAUUCUGUGAACAAUAACGUGAUUGAAAAUAAGUCUAAACAGCUGUAGAAGUGACCACAAUAAUGUGAAAUAAAUUUAAUAAGUCUAAGCUG